AUGUGGUUCAGUUCCAAUAAAUCUUCCUUACAAAUACAAGUGGCGUCUGUCCCCACUCAGGUAAACCGCGAUUGGUCAAUUAUACGUGGGGAUCAAUGGUUGACGAAUGAUGCAUCAAUCCGCGAGCCGGACACUCGCGGAUUGAUCAAUUGUACACGGCCGCUCGCUGGUUUAUCAAUUGUUAAUGAUAUGGCUCGCGAUUGACGUAUGAUUGACCAAUAUUUACGGAUAAUUGGCUCGCGAUUGAUUAAUCGAGUACACCCGAUAGAUCAAUCGCAGUUCACCUGUGUAGCCAUCCGUUAAUCAUUCUUCGGCCAUACCGCUCCGCCACCGUUCGGCCAUGCUUCGGACAUCGCGGUUUACCAGUGACGCAAGUGAUAACCAGUCGACCACCGGGUGCGAACGGGCAGUUGUUGCCGCUCGCGUUCACAUCACCGUGCGAAUUGCGCAGCAAUGCCCGUAGCCAUGCCUGAAACGCGGCGGUAGCCGGGGGUCAGGCUUGUGUUCUCUAAAAUGAUGAAUAAGAAGAACACUUCAAAAACUAAUUUCCUCAAAGUCGGCACCAGAAGAAUGAAGUUUCAGUUCAACAUUUGAACUUCAAAUGUCAUCGAAAUGUCCGGAUGAAUUUUUUCAAUUUAGCCCCUUGGUCUGCAAAUUUCAGCAUACUUCGCAGUACCACUGCUUAAAAAAAAUCAGACUUGCCAGAUUUCGGGCCGACCGGGCCGGGUCGGUGAAGUGCCGGCCCGGCCCGGCCCGGUCGGCCCGGUUCAAAUGCGGGAAUUCAAAUUUUCGCGGAAAUUUUUUUUUUCGUUAUUACAAAAAAAAUUUUCGAACUAAAGUUUUAGUGUUUCUUCUUUGUUUUUUUGCUAUUAUGAAUUUUUUAUGAGAAAUACAUUUGUUUUUCAAUGUUCGAUGCUUGCAAAAAACCCCUAAUUCUACAAAAAAUGGCUUCAUGCGAUCAAUAAUUCAAACUUUGAAUUCCCGCUUUUUGAACCGGGCCGACGGGCCUUUUUUUUCGUUUUUUCACUUCAAAAAAUCCAAUUCAGUGAUGUAAAAAAACGAAAAACAUACGUGCGCUGAAUAGCCCCAAAAGGAAGCAGGGACGUGGCCGAGUGAAGAAUUUCUAGACCACGGCCAUCAAUGUAAAGGGUCUCGUCUCGAUUGCGCACAGUCGAACAAGUGUUACCGUAUCCGUAGCGCAACUCUGACGCGUUUUUGAGUUACAUCGAUCUUUCUAGUGUUAUAAUUCCCGUUUUAUCUUUGCAAUAUCAAAGUUAGAUUUUUCUGUUGUUGUAUACAUUUUUUGCAAAUAUUAAUUUUUGCUUUUCCUAGAAUCACAUCGCAUUCAAACUCUGUUUUUAAGCUCUCUGUGAUUGUUUAUCCAUAAAUCUCAAAGAUGUAUCGAUGAAAAUUGCAGGUAAUUGUCGUUGCAAUGGCCAAGUCCAAGAACCACACCAAUCACAACCAGAGUAAGUCUUUCAUUAAAAAUUUCUUACCUGGAAAAUCAUUAGUUGAAAGCAUAGUGUGUCCAGAACCCAGUAGAUGCAAGAGUAAUAUUUUGCCUUGUCCAUAUUCGGCUUGGCUCGACAAGUUUCUAUGAACUUAUUAAAGGUUCAUGACUUUUUGAUGUUGCUAGUGAAGCCUCACCAAGAGCUUCAAUUUUGAAAAAAGCCAGCACUUCCACUCAGGCUAUAUUUUAGAAAGCGCACUCCUGUCUUUACCAAUCAAAACUUCGGACAUGUCAAAUUCAGGAUAGGUCCGACUGUUAGAGUUGCCGACCCGGGUCUUGGCAUGUUUUUUCUUCAUUUAAUAUGAGUAGUUUUUAACCAAUUAAUCACCGAAAAUCCAUUCCAAGAGACAAGAGUUAAAGGGUACAACAACGGAUUGGAUAAUAGUAUUAAAAGUCGGACUUGCAAGAUUCCGGCUCGUUUCCGAACAAAUGCUCGGGGCCUGCCGGGCUGGAGAAUUUCAUGUUUCGGCCUGGCCCGAUUUUUUCUAACCUUAUAACUUCACAAAAAUUUUUGGGACUUCCUGUAACAUUAGAAAAGCCUGAGGGACCGUGACGGAACAUUUGUGUGUACGUCUUCAAUUCCCAGCUCUUUGAUUGGUUAGUAAAAAAUGGUUACUUCUGCCUAGAAAACUGACUAGGCCACAGGUCGAGAAUUACUGAAAAUAUAUGCGCAAAACACUUUUCCUUCGUUUUGACACAGGUUGGCAACAUCUGAAACCGGGCGGUCCGGAAUCUUGCAGUAAAAAAGAGUCGAAGAGAAAAAUCGGACUAAAUGGAGUCACAAAAAAUGUAGGAAGAACAAUUUUCCAGACAAAAAGGCUCACCGUAAUGGAAUCAAGAAGCCGAAGAAGCACGUUUUCCUGUCCAUGAAGGGAGUGGACGCCAAGUUCUUGAAGAAUCUUCGCUUCGCAAGAAAGAAUAACAAGCGUCAAGUCAAGUCUGUGGAAUCGAAGGCUUAAUUUGUUGUUGAUUCGUAUAAACUCUGUUAUUUUUAUGAUUUCAUUUACAAGCUGGUUAGAAAAAACCGGGUUAUUGUUACUUUUAGUGUUCUGUUGCUGUCUGCAAUUUCCUGAUUAAGAUGAAGGAAGAAACGCUUUUGCGUAAACUUGUCGCAGAUGGGGAAGGUAUUGGUGAGGAUCGGCGAGUGCAGCAGGUUGCGGCCUUUUUCAGGGAAUGUAGAAAAAAUGAAGAUCCGAAGAUGUCGGAAGCUGUCAAAUUAUCCAAGUCGGUAGGUAAGGACCUGGAAAACUUCCGUGUAGGUCCGUUUGCUUUCUCCGGAUAUGCCUCCUCUAAAGCCUUUAAAAAUCGAGAAGAAUUUAGUAGGCAGCCCCGAUGAGGGUAUCAAUAAUAAGUAUUUUCUUCGGGUGUGAGCUAGUUUGAUUUCAUAGGCUAUGGUCCCUGUAUCGUAUUCAGAAGUUUUUAUUAUUUCGUUGCUUUACAUUCGCACUUUAUUAUUUCAGAUUGAGUUGCUGGAACUGUCAAUGCUUAAGCAAAAACAUAUUGCUCGUAUGAACGGCGUCCAGGCCAAUGAAUUUUCUGAACUUGCUAUUGAAAUCGAUAGGCAGGUAUAUAUAUAUAUAUACAAAUUUGCUCUGAGGAAAAGUUGCAAAAGUUAAAUUCAGAUUGAUUUCGCUCAAACAAAAAUGAAGGAAGCUAAGAGUGAGCUGGCUGGUGCGAAAAUUGUAAAAAGGUUCGUUAUCGAAAUUUUUGCAAUACUUAUUUAGUAUUUCACAGGAAUCGGCAAGAAUACAGGAAGCUUGUAAAGGCUGUUGAGGAAGUGCCCUCUCGUUCAGAGACCACUAGGUAAAUUCAAAUGAUAGCCGCCUUUUUCAAAAUUGUUUUUUGUAGGAAACUUACUGAAAUUGGAGAUGAACUUUUACGACAUCACGAGAGACAAAAAGUUCUUGAAGCAAAAGUAUGUUUAUGUUUUUAUCGAUGUACUAUAUCGACAGUUGCAGCUAAAUGACCGAAGGAAUCAUCUCCAGGCAUUCAAUGUUAUUCUCGCCAACUUCCAGCGGUUUUUGAGUGGUAGGUGGCGUGGCUGUCAAAAACACUUUUAUUAAAUAAGAAUGAUGAUGGUGAUUUAAAAAAUUUUGCAAUUUACAGAAGAUGACGAUGGCAGCACAGAAGUUCUUCCUAUUGGAGAGGACGACGAUGAUGCUUCGGUUGAGAAAGAAAUCAACUAUGCAAUGAGACAGAGUCAUGUUGCAGAUUCUUUAUGUGAUUUGUAA